UAUCGUCGUCUGUGCUCUAUUCUCUCCCAAUUAGCCGAUCCAUGGCAGUCGGCGACGCAUACUCCGCCUUCAUGGCGACGUGGAAUAAGCAUGCGUCGCGUGCCGCGUGUCGGCUCCCGAGCCUCGCCAAGCUCGCUGCAUGCGGCCGGAAGAGGAUCGGGGCCGGCGGCGAGGGCUUGCUCCUCCGCCUCGUCCCCUGCCUCGGAAACAGAGGAAAUAACAGCAGCAAUCAGAACAAGAAGAAGAAGAUGAAGAUGAUGAUGAGAAAGGUGAGGUCGCAGAUAUCAGUAGAGGGAGAAGACGAGGGCGUGUGGCGGAAGACGAUACUGAUGGGGGAGAAGUGCCAACCGCUCGACUUCUCCGGCGCCGUCCACUACGACAGCGCCGGGAGGCAGGUGCCCACUCCGCGCACGCCGUUCCGGUCGCCGGCGAUUUCUUUCGCCUUCUAUGAAGAAGAAGGGGAAAAACGAAGUAGUUAACCGGAA